AUGUUCGAGUCAGCAUUCGCUCUUUUGGUUGUGUUGGCGGCUCCGGUAAUAUACCGACUUCGCUUUCACCCCCUCGCUCAUGUGCCCGGGCCGCCAUUUGCUGCAAUUUCUUCCCUGUUUCUCUACGUCAUAUGCUACCUUGGCAUCGAAGGCAGCGUCAUACGCCGAUACCAUGAGAAGUAUAAGACCAAGGUCCUUCGUAUAGGCCCCAAUGCCAUCUCAGUGGCCGACAGCGAUGCCGUCCGCGACAUCUACGUGGCAGGGGGUGGGUUUCUCAAGGAUGCUCGGUAUCAAAAUUUCAACCUCGGGCCGGUGGUGUCAAUAUUCUCCUCCAUAGACACAGCAUAUCGUGAUGUGAGAGCCAAGGCGGUUGCUCCGCUUUUCUCGCCUGCACGGCUACGGGAGGAGAGUUCCACCCAUGGCUCCAUCGGACGGCACGUGGCGGACUUUUUGGACCAGCUCAAGGCAUUCCGGCAAGCUAAGAUCAAGACCGAUAUUCUUGAUCUAUGUGCAAAAUUGUCUAUCGACGUGGUCUCUGACUACGUGCUUGGUCAACCAUUUGGUGGGUUGGCUGAGCAAGUACAUCUGCCCCUGGCAGACCAGCAAAAGUCGGAGGCGAAGCUCAGUGCCAACGAGUUUAUUCACGCCAUCGUGGGAUUUGCUCGCUUCUCAUUACUUCCAAACUCUCUGUUCAAACUGGUGUACUCGGCAUCCCAGAAGAUAAGCCACAGCGACAAAGUGGACAAGUCAUUUAUGCGGAUUCAGGAGUUCAUGGGCCGAGUUAUGCAGGGCACGAAGGAAGGCAAGACAACCGAGCACUACCAGGAUCGUCUCCUCGCAGCGGGCAUAUCUUUCCCAGAGACCACAGCGCAAUGCGAAGCCAUCCUUUUCGCAGGCGGCGAUUCGACCGCCGUCAUGCUGGCCACAACCCUCUUCCACCUGACACAGAAUAAGGAAGCCCGCGCCCGUCUCCUGCAUGACAUCCGCGCCGUGUCGCCCACAGCAGACGACGCCAGGAGGCCCGACAUCCCCUUCUUGCGGGCGUGCGUCAAGGAGGGGCUGCGCCUGGGAAUGGCGAAUCCUACACGACUAACGCGAGUGGUCCCGCCAGGCGCAAAUUUGACGGUCGACGGCAUCUCCAUCCCUGCCAAUGCAGUCGUUGGCUGCGCGGCAUACGUCCUCCACCACGACCCUACUAUCUUCCCCGACCCAUUUGCCUUCCGGCCGGAGCGGUGGAUAGAUGACGAAUGGAACUGCGGCCUGUACCGCCCCCACAUGGACCGAAGCCUAAUUGCUUUCGGGGCGGGUCUGCGCGCCUGUCUGGGCAAGAACCUGGCCAUGCAACAGCUGUUGGAGACAGUGGCAGCAGCUGUCGAUAGUGAAGUGUUGGAGGGAGCUCGGACGAGUGAAGAACGGAUAGAGGUUAUCCAGUGGUUCAACGGUGAUAUCAAGGGCCACCACAUCGACAUUGAGUGGUGA